CGGCGGCGGAGACCCGCGCCCCCGGCUGCCCCCGCCUCGGCCCUCGGGCCUCGGAAGUGACGCAGCGCGCCCCGCCCCCGCCGCUAGAUCCGCUGCUGCUGCCGCGGCGGGCGGACCUGCAGGAGGCGGCGGCGGCGGCCGAGGCCGAGGGAAGAUGGCGGACGGUGUGGACCAUAUAGACAUUUACGCGGAUGUGGGCGAAGAGUUCAACCAGGAAGCUGAAUAUGGUGGGCAUGAUCAGAUAGAUUUGUAUGAUGAUGUCAUCUCUCCAUCUGCAAAUAAUGGAGAUGCCCCAGAAGAUCGGGAUUACAUGGAUACUCUCCCACCAACUGUUGGUGAUGAUGUGGGUAAAGGAGCAGCACCAAAUGUUGUCUAUACAUAUACGGGAAAGAGGAUUGCAUUGUAUAUUGGGAAUCUCACAUGGUGGACAACAGAUGAAGACUUAACUGAAGCAGUUCAUUCUUUGGGAGUAAAUGAUAUUUUGGAGAUAAAGUUUUUUGAAAAUCGGGCAAAUGGCCAGUCAAAGGGGUUUGCCCUUGUUGGUGUUGGAUCUGAAGCAUCCUCAAAAAAGUUAAUGGAUUUGUUGCCUAAGAGAGAGCUUCAUGGUCAGAAUCCUGUUGUAACUCCAUGCAAUAAACAGUUCCUGAGUCAAUUUGAAAUGCAGUCCAGGAAAACUACACAAUCAGGACAAAUGUCUGGGGAAGGUAAAGCUGGUCCUCCGGGAGGCAGUUCACGUGCAGCAUUUCCACAAGGUGGUAGAGGACGGGGCCGUUUUCCAGGGGCUGUUCCUGGUGGGGACAGAUUUCCUGGGCCAGCAGGACCAGGAGGGCCACCUCCACCUUUUCCAGGAAAUUUGAUCAAGCAUCUUGUUAAAGGAACUCGGCCUUUGUUCCUGGAAACUAGGAUUCCAUGGCAUAUGGGGCACAGCAUAGAGGAAUUACCCAUUUUUGGCCUAAAAGCUGGACAGACACCACCACGUCCACCCUUAGGUCCUCCAGGCCCGCCCGGUCCACCAGGCCCUCCACCUCCUGGUCAGGUUCUGCCGCCUCCUUUAGCUGGGCCUCCUAAUCGAGGCGAUCGCCCUCCUCCACCAGUCCUGUUUCCUGGACAGCCUUUUGGGCAGCCUCCGCUGGGCCCGCUUCCUCCCGGCCCUCCGCCUCCAGUUCCAGGCUACGGCCCCCCUCCUGGUCCACCACCUCCACAACAGGGACCACCUCCGCCUCCAGGCCCCUUUCCACCUCGCCCACCUGGUCCUCUUGGGCCACCCCUUACACUCGCUCCUCCUCCGCAUCUUCCUGGACCACCUCCAGGGGCCCCGCCGCCAGCUCCACAUGUGAACCCAGCUUUCUUUCCUCCACCAACUAACAGCGGCAUGCCUACAUCAGAUAGCCGAGGCCCACCACCAACAGAUCCAUAUGGCCGGCCUCCACCAUAUGAUAGGGGUGACUAUGGGCCUCCUGGGAGGGAGAUGGAUACUGCAAGAACGCCAUUGAGUGAAGCUGAGUUUGAAGAAAUCAUGAAUAGAAAUAGGGCAAUCUCAAGCAGUGCUAUUUCAAGAGCUGUGUCUGAUGCCAGCGCUGGUGAUUAUGGGAGUGCUAUUGAGACAUUGGUAACAGCAAUUUCUUUAAUUAAACAAUCCAAAGUAUCUGCUGAUGAUCGUUGCAAAGUUCUUAUUAGCUCUUUGCAAGAUUGCCUUCAUGGAAUUGAAUCCAAGUCUUAUGGUUCUGGAUCAAGAAGACGUGAACGAUCAAGAGAAAGGGAUCAUAGUAGAUCACGAGAAAAGAGUCGGCGUCAUAAAUCCCGCAGUAGAGAUCGUCAUGAUGAUUAUUACAGAGAGAGAAGCCGGGAGCGAGAGAGACACCGGGACCGGGACAGGGACCGGGACCGAGAGCGCGACCGUGAGCGCGAGUAUCGUCAUCGUUAGCAGCUGAAGGAAGAGGAACACCUUCCAAGACAAAACAGUCUUCUGGAAGAAUGACGCUUGUCCAGCAGUUUGCUUCUUGUGAUUGAACUGAACCUGUAAGGAUUCAUGGAUAAAAUGAACAGGAAUAGAUCUGAAUAAAGCAAAUCUGCAUAAAUGGUAACCAGUAGCUCUACUUUUAUUUUUUAUGUUGCUUAACUGUUUUAUUUGAAGGAAACCUGUGUGAUUUAAAAAGUUAAAGCUUUUGCAACUUUAUUACUGGUUAUAUACAUUUGGCCAUUAUAAUGUGCAAGCAAUUGGAAAAAAAAAACGUCAAGUAAAUGCUUGUUUUAUAGUAGUUUGUUCUUGUUAAAAAACUGUUCAUAUGAUGAUGUCUGUAAACAGCACCACUUUGAUUACAGUAGAUGUAGUGUUGUAAUAAACUGUUCAAUGGGGCUGAUGUGUAAA